CGAUUUAAUUGGUCGAAGCUGCGCGCACUGCUCGCUCCCAUUGGCUGCCUCUCCUUGUCAAUCAUAAAAAAGCAGUGCCACUCAGGAUAGAUUAGGCACCAUUUGCCAUAACUAAAUAGUUGCCUUGUACAUCAAGUAGGGAAGAAUUUGUUUUAAUUGGUAUAUCCCACCGCGCUCUGCGGAGAGUUUACCGUCUUUCGGUGAAAACCGUUCUUGUGAAAGUGUCACGUUUGAAACCUCCCCUCGUCUCAUCAAAACAGAUGUGGAUACACUGCUCGGGAGCUGCCCAGCUGAGGUGAAGGGGAGGGCAGAGGAUCCCAGUUCAGCCUGAGUGUGGAUGACCUGCCCCCGGAAACAGGACCAUGAUCUGAAGAGGGCGCCGCACACCGAACCCUGUUCUUCCUCUCCUCCUUCUCCCUAUUUUUUUUUUUUUUUAAACCUACGGGGUGACAGCCUCCCUGCCCGGCUGCUUCCAACAGAGUCAGCGUGCACGGAGAGGACGAACUGAAGGAGACGAGACAAUUUUAAGGAGGAAGAACUACAGCGACAGUCAUCCGUGACCUCUGACCUUGCACACUCCCCCUUGCCCCUCCCACCGCCACACCGGAAACAUGGGGAGGAAAAAGAUUCAGAUUCAGAGGAUCACUGACGAACGCAACAGACAGGUGACGUUCACCAAGCGGAAGUUCGGUCUGAUGAAGAAGGCGUACGAGCUGAGUGUCUUGUGUGACUGCGAGAUCGCCCUCAUCAUCUUCAACCACUCCAACAAGCUGUUCCAGUAUGCCAGCACCGACAUGGACAAGGUCCUGCUCAAGUACACCGAGUACAACGAGCCGCACGAGAGCCGGACCAACGCCGACAUCAUCGAGGCUCUGAACAAGAAAGAGCACCGGGACUCUGAGAGCCCAGACCCCGAGGAGCCCUUCUCCCUCACCCCCCGCACUGAGGAGAAAUACAAAAAAAUUGACGAGGAGUUUGAUAAAAUGAUGCAGAACUAUAGGCUGUCAUCCACAAUCCCACAGCCCACCUUCUCCAUGCCAGUCACCGUGCCAGUAUCCAAUCAGAAUGCGGCGGCAGCCCUCCAGUUCAGUAACAACCCCGCCCUGGUCACCACCGCCUCCUUUGUCACCUCCACCCUCACAGACCCCCGUCUCCUGUCGCCACAGCAACCAGCUCUGCAGAGGAGCACCGUGUCGCCAGGGUUACCACAGCGACCAGCCAGUGCAGGUGCUCUGUUAGGAGAUAUGGGGAACUCAAAUGGAGGGUGCCCGAGUCCAGUCCCUAACGGCUACAUCAGUGCCAGGGCCUCCCCGGGCCUCCUCUCCGUAUCCAACGGCAACAGCCUGGGGAAAGUAGUCCCGGCUAAGUCUCCGCCUCCGCCCAGCCCUCAGAUGGUCAACAGCCGCAAGCCGGACUUGAGGGUCAUCACCUCGCAGGGCGGCAAGAGCCUCAUGCAGCUGACAGAGGAAGAGCUGGAGUUGGUGAGUGAGAAUGCUCAGCGGCUAGGUGGCUCCCAGGUGGCGCAGUCGCUCACCACACCAGUGGUCUCCGUGGCAACACCCAGUCUCCUAGCGCCCUUCUCCGGCAUGCAGACCGGCUACAACACUGAGUACCAGCUGACGAGUGCAGAUCUCACAGCGCUCCAGACGUUCACACCACCGGGGCUGGUGCCUGGCAACAUGGCUGCCUGGCAACAGCAACAGCAACCAGCAGUCUCCCAGCAACAACAGCAGCAGCAGCAGCAACAACAGCAACAGUCCCAGCAGCUGAGCUUGGCGUCGCUCAGUAACUUGGUCAUGUGGGGUGCAGAGAAACAGAAUGCAGAGAUGGUUAACUGCAUCUCCAAUUUUGCUGCUAACCUGAGCUUGGCCUCUCAGUCCAACUUGCUCUUUGGCAGGGAGGACGGCCUAUGCUGGCCGGUGGGUCACAUACCUCAGGGCGCCGCACUGACAGUCAACACAAACCCCAACAUCAACAUCAAAUCCGAACCCGUCUCACCGAACCGCGACCGCAGCACUCCCAGCUCCACCUGCGGCGCCAUGGGAGGCGGAUUAGGCCAGAUUCAGGUCCAGGGACAAGGCCUGGUGUCGGUCGCCUACCCCGGUACCCUGCGCCUGGAAGUGGGAGGUCAAGGCCGCUCGCCAGUCGACAGCCUCAGCAGCAACGGCAGCUCGUAUGAUGGCAGCGACCGGGACGACGGCACCCAGGGGCGAGGCGGGGUUCCGGACUUCCUCCACCAGGCCGGCGCCGGGGGCCAACAGCCCACCAUGGUCCUCCUGCGGCCCUCGUCGGCCGAGCCCCAGGAGCAGGACGGGACCAACGUCAAGAGGAUGAGACUGGAAUCCUGGGUCACAUGAAGAGGUGACCGGAGAGGGAUGGAUGGACGGACGGACAGAUGGAGGAUGGAGGAUGGAGAUGUGUACUUGUGGCUUGUGUACAUGCCCCCACCAGCCCUGAUGCCCCCGCUCUCCUUCUUUGUGCACACACACACACACAUAUAUAUAGAUAUAUAUAUAUACCCGCCAUCGACCCAGUAACCCACUGUCAACACAGGAAACGCUGACCUCACACACAUACAGACACGAGCAUGCUAACACACCGUCACGUGUGGACACUGACACACACUUUUAUGGCAAUGUGCAUACACAUUUGAACUCUAAUGUACUUUCACACACACACAAACCCAAAGGGGUUGAGCCACCAAACCAGGGAUUAUUUGUCGAAACAAUUCAUCCAGCUGUAUUUGAAUAGAAGUGAAUGAGUAUGUUUUUAAUCAGGCCGUAAUGGCUAGUAAAACCCUAAAUUUGACCACUUGGACUAUUUCACCCGACAUGUUGACAGCCGCUGGCAGAGCAGACACCUUGGUUUCCCAGCAUGCCCUGCAUUUGGUUAGCGGCAGGUGGCGUUCUCCCACCCUCUCAUGUCCUUACUGUCUCCUGCAUUGAGUCAGUGCCGCCAAGUGAGUCCACAUCUUUGUACACAUCGGGCCGACCACGGUUGCGUUGCUAUCGCUCUAGAUUCUCGGGCCCCUUUUUUGCUCUUUUUAAAGCGUGGAGUUUUGUCCUUCUGUCUUGACUGUUGAUCUUUAGAGUUUGGAUUCGUCUCAGUUUUGAAUAUGAGGACACUAAAAGAAAAACUCGCCUCCCUCCCCAGCCGGGCCGGUGGCCACAUCGUCAACGGGCCGGCGCUUUGGCCCCUGUACGAGACUGACGACCCCCCCGGGUCUUUUAUUUAAUCCGAACCAUGCAGACUAGCUGUAAAACCAGGAGCGUGAUAUGUUGCCGAGGUAAAAGACUGCUUUUCUUUGAAUCAGGGACGAGCUGCAACAGCUCAACGACACAUGACGCAGAUUCUCCUAGUUUCGCCCACAUCUUGUCAACUAUAUGCUGAGAAAGGUGUGUGUGUGUGUAUGUGUGUGUUUGGUGUGUGUGCGUGUGCGUGUGUGUGUAUACGGUUUGUUACCUCAACUGGUCGUUUUUUAACAAAGUGAUUCGGGCAAAUGUUCAUUCUCAAUUUCAUCCACCUGCAAUGCACACAGCUGAAAUUAUUUUUGUGAAGCGACUCGUGUUUUGAAUAGAUAGCUGAUGUUCAAAUGGGAGAUUGGCGAGGUACCGUGUAUAUAAGCAAUCUGUAACCUUUGUGGCUUUUGUGUGACAGGGAUAUGGUGUUUUGAAGGUUUUAAAAAAAAAAAAAUAGAUGAUAUACAAGUAUAUAUUUAACCAGCUUCAGGCGGUAGCAAGGGCAGCUCUGCAUCUGGGGCCGGAGACUACACUAGACGACAGGGAUUGUAUAUAUAAACUAUAUAUUCGGCAGGAUAUCCCUUAACGGAACAAGAAAAAAAAAGCAAACACGUUGAUUCUCAGUCUCUUUUUUAUUAUUAUUUAUGCGUGUAUAUAAAGUGUAAUAUGUGGACGAGCCAAGAGAGGGAGCUGUAGAGGCAGAAAGGGAAGACGUAGCCGUGGUGACUCUCGGACUGUUUUGAGUGAGCAAUGGUUAGGACUCUGUCACUGAUGGAGCGCACUUUACCUUAACCCCUUAACACACACACCUGACCCAUGGACACACACACACUGUACACACACAUAUACUAGGGUUAGACUGAUAUACCUGGCUGUUAAAAAUCGGAUAAUCAGCAGAUACAAAUCAAUGUUUGCACUUUUUAUUUAAUCUUCCAGAUUUAUUUAUUUAUUAUUGUACAUCAACCAAUCAGAGUUCCCUUUACAACUGUGGGUUGGACCACCUUAAAUUCUUGCUUGUUUGAAAUAAAUUUAAUUUAUCAAUUAAAUUAGACAUUAAAGCAGAAUAAAAUUUGAUUGUAAGACAAACUAUUACAACUGUUACAACAAUUUAAAGAGAAAAGAACAAUUUAAAAGAAAUUUACAUUUAUUUAAAACUUAAUUAAAUUAUUUUUAGAUUAAAUAAAAUACCAAAAAGUACAAAUUAAAAUACUUCUGAAAAGGUAUUUUUUUAAUAUAAUUCUUUUAUUUUUAUUUUUAAAUAAUUAAUGGCGGAAAUAAUUUGCACAUUUAAUGAUCAUUUUAGUCCGUUUUUUUUUACUAAUAGUUUAUAAGCACCAAUUGUAUACUUAAUAAAUCAUUCAUGAUAGUUUUUUAAGUAAUUAAUUUACCACUGAAGAAUAUCCAAAAUUUGGUAGUUUCAUCCUUUAGAGGCAACAUCAGCUAUUUACAGUGUGAGUUACACUUUAAUAAUUAUUCGAGUGUCCUUGAUGAUCUAAAUUCUUCCCAAAAAAGUAUUCACCCUUUUUAAAUUGUUGCUGGUAUAAUCACUACUUAUUUUUAAGUUAUAAUAUCAAAUAAUAUAAAUAUUUAUAAUAUAAAUUGUUUUUUGGGCAUAUCCUAGUAUUGAGUAUUUGCAGCAUCGGCAGUCUUUUCUGUCACAAACAUAUCAGUCAAACUCUAGAGCAAACACACAGAUCGUAUAUGAUUAAGUGAGCCACGGAUGUCCCCUCUUUAUGUUCGACCUUGUUAAAAAGCCAUGUAUCUAUAUUGAACCUUCGCCUGUCACUGGUUGGCUGUAGUUUUAUAUUUCCGAGAGGUAAAAACGACUAUGAAGGUAAAAGAAAUGUGAAGGAUGUCAUUUUUUGUACUAAGUGGCAAAGGGUGGUUUAGGGUUUAUGUUAAAAACAUAGUGGUCAAGAGUGCAAAUUCAUGUUUUUUGUUUUUUUUUCCUAAAAGCACUCUCAGCCUCCAUCCAUUUGCUCGUUAAAAGCUUUGGAGUUCGGGUAUCGUUUGCCGCUAAGCCGGAGGUUUCAGAACGAGUCUUGAUCUUUUAAUGACUACCUCCUGAAUCCAACGCAGACUUGUCGACUUUGAGGUUUUACCACAUCCAGCCACCACAUCCUCGUCAUGGGCAGGCCCUCUUCACCUCCCUCUCACCCUGUCACUCACUCUCUCAGUUUGUUUUUUAAUCUCACACACACACACACACUUUUCAUCACACUACUUUUCUGUUUACUCCGUCCAGACAGCGGGUGUCAGCGCUGAAAUGACGACAAUGACCCCACCCCAACUCCCAGCUUCAUCACGCACUACUCCCAUCAUCCUCCCCUCGCUUCAUCUUUCUCUCCGCCUGUCACUCACUCACACACACUCAUCCACUCUGUGACAAGUCUGAGUGUCAAUAUUGCUUUUCUGAGCGUGUGGCAGAGUGAACAUAAAUCCCCACCUGAGUGUAAACACUUUGACUGUUAAGACUGUUGUACCCUGAGCUUCGAACAAAAAAAAACUCGACCCCGCGUACAAGGCGGCGAGCCAUUUGUCGAAAAAAAUUAACAACAUGGCAUCCUUUGCGACGGGACUCGUGGGAGUUUUGUUUGUCAGUGGUGGAGCUCGUGCGAAGCCCUGGCACGUUCUUUAGAGCAACACUAGGGGUCGCUGUAAUCACAAAAACAGAAAGACAAUCGUGCUGAGAAAUAGUUUUAAGAACCUGCAUCCCUCCCCCCGAAAAAAAAGUGAUACUUGCUCCUGUAUAAUGAUGUUUAGAAGUCUCACUCACUUUCCAGUGUUAAGUUGUGCUGGUGACAGUCUGUUUUUAAUUGUUCUCUGAGAAUUGAUAUUAUUAUUAUUAUCAUCAUAACCACAGCUCUCACUGAUGGUAGCUGUCAUGGUGGUAUAGAAAUCUGCGUUUUUCUUUUUUGUGUAGGUUAGGCAUCUUGUUUUAUUUGGAAUUUUAUUUUAUUAUAUAAAAAUAUUCUAUAAAUAUAUUUUUUGUUUUCUCUUUUUUGGUUUUUCUUUUUUUUUUCUUCAAAAAGGGUGUUACUAAUGUUGCACGAUUUUUAUGACAUGAAACAAACAAACACAAGCGUAGUGAUAUUAGCACACGUGUGGCUGUGGACGGAGGCGCCGCGACAAAAAAAACGCUUCGAUGCUGCAACUUUUGAGUCCAAUGUACAAACGUCUCAGUCCACACAUGCUAACAUGGGGAGGGGGGGGGGGCAGCGUGACACGUCUAACUUAUUUCUGACCAGACACAAUGAUGUCAAUGCAUGGGCGAAGAGUGAAUCAUGUUAUAGGAAAUAAAAUGUAAUAUCGACACAAAUAUACAUCACACAGAAAUACAUUUAAGAAAAAAAAAAUGAAAUUGAAGAAAAAAGUUUAAAAUAAAUUAUAGCUAAUAUAUUGUGUUCGGCUAGUCUGCUUUUUUGUUGUAAAGAUACUUUUUUUGUUGUUUUUGGAGAAUGAUAUACAAUUUGUGUAUAUUUUCAUAAAUAAAGUAUGCACUGAUAUGUUAUUACAAAUUCUAUACUGCUUUUACAAAAAAAAGUGUUUGUUAUUGUACCAAAGUAUCCAUUGGUCCCCUCUUACCCGCCUCCCCUUUUUGCGUAUGUUUUACCGUAUUUUAUAUAUUAAAUAGACAAGUUGACCUACA